UCUUGAAAUGUAUUUAGACACGAAAAAUUCACAAAUCCUUCUAAAAAGUUCUCUUUUUUUCUCCUCACCAAACAGGGAAAAAGAAAAAAAAAAGGAACCAAAAUUAUUCACAAUUUAAUGUUUCGUUUAUACUUGGUAGAGAAUGGAAGCUGAUGUUUCUAUUCUUUCAACAAAGUAACAGUUUCCAUUUGUGGAGUUUUCUUGAAGAUUAGCUCAAAGUGUGGUGUGGGGUUUUCUUGAAAAUUAACUAACAGGGUUGUGUGGGGUUUUUGAGAUUUGAGAUGGUGAAUUGAUACUUUCUUUUUUGGUGGGCUUUGGGUUCCUUUUUAUCUUGAUAAUUGACAAAAAGGGUGUUUAUUAGAGAUGAUGAAUUUGUGGGUGUUUUGUUACUUGAGUGUUGUUUGUGUUUUGAGUUGUAGAGCACUUGGUAAUGUGGUUUUGGUAGGAAAGAAUGUAACUUUAUCGUUUGAAGACAUUGAAGCUAAUUUUGCUCCUUCAGUAAGGGGAUCAGGCAAAUGCGGGACACUGUAUGUGGCGGAGCCUUUAGAUGCCUGCUCGACCUUGACUAAAAAGGUUGAACCAGUUAAAAAUAGCACCCAUGAUCUAUUCUUGCUGAUAGUAAGGGGUGGAUGUAGUUUCGAAGAUAAAGUCAGACGAGCCCAGGCCGCAGGUUUCAAGGCAGCCAUUAUCUACAACGAUGAAUACGGUGAACUAGUUGCAAUGGCAGGAAACUCUGCUGGUGUGAAGAUACCCGCAGUGUUUGUGUCUAGAGCUUCAGGAGAAAGACUGACAAAGUAUGCUGGUGCUAUUGAUGUUGAAGUAUGGAUAAUCCCAAGUUUUGAAAACUCUGCCUGGUCCAUCAUGGCUAUAUCAUUCAUUUCGUUACUUGCUAUGUCAGCAGUGCUUGCUACCUGCUUCUUUGUCCGUAGACAUCGGAUACGAAGAGAACGGCCUCGGGCCUCACGUGUUCGUGAAUUUCAUGGAAUGAGUAGUCGUUUGGUGAAAGCUAUGCCAAGCUUGAUAUUUACAUCAGUUUUGGAGGAUAAUUGUACAUCAGUAACAUGUGCUAUCUGUCUUGAAGACUAUAGUGUGGGAGACAAGCUUAGAAUUCUUCCUUGCCGGCACAAAUUUCAUGCUAUGUGCGUUGACGCUUGGCUUACAUCAUGGAGAACGUUUUGCCCUGUCUGUAAACGUGAUGCAAGAACUAGCAAUGGUGAUCCACCAGCAUCAGAAUCUACACCAUUGCUUUCUUCUAGUCUAGCUUCUAUAUCGUCGUUGUCAUCCCUAAGAUCGUCAUUAGCUCCAUCAUCAGCAAUACAAAUAGGUCCAAGAGCAUCCCGAUCCCCUUCAGUUUCUCGUCCUCAAUCAAUCUCUAGUACUCCUUAUAACCGCCAGUCGCUUCAGUCAUACCAUCAGUCCCCUGAUCUUUCUAUUAGCCGCAGUUCACUUGACCUUCAAAAUGCGUCUUCCCAGAGAUCUCAUGCAUCUUAUUUGAUAUCCCCUCACUCAUUGGGCUACCCUUGUUUAUCUCCUCUUAAUUCAAGAUACAUGUCCCCAUAUAUUCCUAGUCCAGGAAAUGCCUCAUCGAGUUACAUUGGCUCCUCAAGUCGGCAUCCCAACCCACUGCGUCAUAGUGAGUCGACCACUAGCUUUUCGCCAUUUGCUUCAGCUCAGUCUCUUCCGGGAUGUGAGUCAUGAUCUGUUAACAAGGAUCAGUGCAACAGCUCUGGCACAUGGGCAGACGGAGGAAUAUGACAGGAAGCCCUGGAUUUGUACAUUACUGUGUGACAAUUCUGUUAUAGAUUUGAUUUCUGUUUUUUGAGGUUUUUACUUCCUUCUUUUUUUCUUUUUUUGAGGUUUUUUAAGAGUGUACACACGCAAAGCGAUGGGUGUUCAUGCUGUAUGCAGUAGCCCCCUUUUACAUAUCCUUCUUGUUUUUUGUUUUGCUUUGUUUGGGUGCUAUUGAUGUUCUUAGCAGGUCUCCAUUGCUUGAUGGUUUAGGUCUUUUAGUUGAAACCUUUCGCUUAGAUAGUUGAGCUUGUAUGUACAUAUAGAUAAAUGACAGAGAGAUGACUAGAGCUGGUAUUUUGAAUGUUUGAGCAGGAUACUUUUGUUAGGUCAUUAAUUCAGGCUAUUGGGUCAUUUGUAACCACAGCAUGAACAUUUAAUGUUUCACAAUAAGGACGAUGGCUCAGUCCCGAAUCAAUUAGAAUUGGUUAUACAAUCUUCAUUUGA